UUUUUAUAGAGAAUGAAAUAAUAAAAUAGAAAUAUUGCUGAAUCCGGUAGAGGUAGUUUCUCUCAGCUAAGUGGCUUAGAGUUGGAGAAUAUCUUGGGUUUCUCAAAGGGCUUGGCAGAGAGGUGAAGAUGGCAAGACUUGUAAAGAGUUUCCUGCAAUCCAUGUUGAAAUUGGUGAAUUUGGUUAUGGGAAUGGUUGGAGUGACCAUAAUUCUGUAUGGCUUGUGGAUGAUGAGAGUUUGGCAGAGGGACAUGCAGGGGUCCUCCUCUGAUAGUUUUGAACCACCCCAUUUUCCAUGGUUUAUAUGGGCUUCUAUCAUCACUGGCAUCAGUUUUUGUGUGAUAACAUCCAUAGGUCACAUUGCUGCAGACACUGUAAAUGGUCAUUGCCUCUCUUGUUAUAUGGUGAUUCUCGUUUCGCUUCUCCUGCUGGAAACAGCGCUUGCAGCAGAUAUAUUCCUAAAUUCAGAUUGGGAGAAGGACUUACCCGAGGAUCCAACAGGGAGGUUUGAUGAUUUCAAAGAUUUUGUGAACUCAAAUAUUGAGAUGUUCCAAUGGAUAGGCUUGCUGAUUGUUUUAGCACAGGGCAUUUCCAUCUUACUGGCCAUGGUGCUAAGAACUACUGAGCGAGGACAAGCAUCCAACUAUGACAGUGAUGAUGACUACACAACAGCCGGGAACCCCCUAUUGAACCGGCCUGUUCAGCCACUUCCUUAUGUUGCUAAUGAUGCCUGGACCGUGGGUCAUGAUAAUGUAAUCAGUUAUUCACAGCCAUAUUUUACUGCCUGAGGUUUCUGAGGGAGCUUAUGAUUUCUCAUUCAACAUGUAUUUUUCCCUUUCUCAGAUGAAAAAGUGAGGAGAUUUUGCAUCAAAUGUGGAAGAUACAAGAAGGAAAAAACAUGGGACUAAUCAGUUUGGUAGUGGUGGCAUCAGCUUUCCUUAGUGAGACUUCAAUGUUGAAGUGGUAGUGUGCAUGGGUUUCAUUGUGGUUGAAGUGGAAAUGGUGUAAAGAUUACAUAAAUGGUUUAAGGACUUUUUGUUGUAGAACAAAUAUCAGAGACUAAAAAUUUCAUAAUUGUCUGGGUUUGUUUUUUUUUUA